AUGGGGCCAGAGGGUGGUUUCUUAGGCAGUGGACAGGUCCACAUCAUCCUGUGGGGAAGUUUGGCAGCCGUGACAACACUCUUGUUCCUCACCUUCCUCAUCUUCCUCUGCUCCAGCUGCAACAGGGAAAAGAAGGCCAAACAUCAAAAUGGAGAUCAUGAAAAUCUGAUGAAUGUGCCUUCCGACAAAGAGGUGUUCAGCCACUCAAUCACAAGUUCAGCUACAGAGCCCCCUCCAAGCAGCGACCAGAAUGGGGCACUCAGCAACGGCGAGGUACUCUCAGAGGACAGUACAACUGCCUGUAUCCAGCCUUAUGAAGAAGUACAGACGUCUGUCUCUGAUCUGCUAGAUCAGCAGGAUAGUCUUGGAAAGUCUAUAAAAUGUCACCAGAGCCGGGAACUACCCAGUAUUCCCCCUAACAACACCAUGGAAACCAUCAUUUCAGCUAGAAAUGCAGAAAAUGAUCAAAGUCUUGGAAUGGAAGGGCCUUACGAAGUCUUGAAAGACAGCUCCUCUCAGGAGAACAUAGUUGAAGACUGCUUGUAUGAAACUGUGAAGGAAAUUAAAGAUGUUGGAGCAGUAGCCAGCAUGGAAGGGAGCUGUAACAGCAAAUCAAAGGCUUCACUGACGGUUUCUGAAGGUCAGAAUCAGAUUCCUGAGUGCAGAAUUGACUCAGCAGAAUAUGCAUCUGUUGACCGAAAUAAAAAAAGUCGCCAAAGUGCUAAUUCAGAAAGCCCUCUUGACAACACACCAGAUGUAGAGGAUGAGCUUCCCCCUCCGGUACCCAUGAAACUUCUUGAUGAAAAUGAGAAUGUGCAAGAAAAAGAAGUGGAAGAAGAAGUGACAGAAGGACCAAGUAAACCAGAGAAGAGGCUUAGUUCGAUGUCUUACAAGUCUCGAGAGGAAGAUCCAUCUCUUACAGAAGAUGAGAUCUCAGCCAUGUACUCAUCGGUGAGUAAGCCGGGACAGGCCAUCAAGGCACUGGAUUCUCCUUACACCUGUAUUCAAGAAAUUGCAUCUCAGAGGUCCCCGUCUAUUUGCAGUGGCCUCUAUGCAAGUGUGAAGGACUUUGAAAACACCCUAAAUACUACCACUGUGCCUCAGUCAGCGGACAGACCAAACGGGGAGCUGGAGCCUGACUAUGAAGCUAUCCAGUCAGUGAGCCACGAAGAAGACAGGACCUUGUCUGUGCCUAACACAAACCACACUGCUCUUUCAGGAGAGAAUGACUAUGAGAGCAUAGGGGACUUGCAGCACCACAGGGAUUUCACCAGACUUUAACUACUCCGGCAGGCAGAUUU